CAACACGCGAACUGCAUUUUCCAAUUAUUAAUGGCGUCUGGAAAUAAAAACAAGUUUUUUUUGUGGUGAUGAUUUGCAUUUGAAAUUCAUGUGAAAACCAAGUAAUACAGUAUCGAGAUAAUAGUGUAACAAACUAGUUUAAAAGCCAUGGCAUCAGCACAACGUGCUUUUGCUUCUAAACUUACUAAACAUAACUCGUCAGACAUUCGAAAGAAUGUGGCCAAUUAUCAACUUUUAUCGAAAAGCGAUAGCAGCUCGGUGUGUUCGUCAUCGAUUUCCCUGUGUGAACUCGUUGAACCGAUCGAUUAUGAGGAAUUCUUAACACAGCACUCUAAUAUGCUGUUAAGGGAUUCGUUGCGGUCAAUUCUGGAUUUUCCGGUCAAUGACGUACAGAUAAAAGUGGUUCCCAGAAAAAUUCGUACCAUUGAACAUGUUGUACCAAAGGAAGACAUCACUGAUUUACCCUUACAUGUGCAACACUGUGUCGAUUGCUAUACUAGGCCUUGGAAGAUUGUGGAUUUCUCUCAACGACAUUAUUCGAGUUCUUGCAACACCAGAGAACGAACAGACAAAGGUGCGAUGAGUCCAAGUUCCUAUCAACAGGAGUUUGAAAUUGAUCGUGAUUACUUCGGAUGUGCCUCUUUGGAUGAAUCGGUAACAUCUACAACGUUGUAUGCAAGUGAAAGCUGUACUCCAAGUAGCCGGCAAUCCAUUGCCAGCUUGUCGUCCGUAUCGACAUGCACCGACACGUUAACCCCCCGGGGGUCGUGGGCUUCGUUCGAUCUGCGAAGUUCCGUUAACGAUCCUUUAAUACCCGGCUUGCUGGAACGAGUGGCCCCGGAAACAAUAGAUCAGAGUAAUGAGGGUAAACGAUUGGAAGAACGACAGCAGGCUCUGUUCAGUUUGUAUCCCGAAUCGGAUCCUGAGGAUAUCAUUGAAAAACGACCUCCGGCGGAGAUACCCGUUGAACACUUGGGUAAUCGAAUCCACGUAAAGUGUUUACAGUUAAAAUUAGAGCUAGAAGUUGAACCGAUUUUUGCAUCAAUGGCGAUAUAUGAUGCCAAAGAAAGAAAAAAGAUUUCGGAAAAUUUUUAUUUCGAUAUGAACUCGGAAUCUUUAAGGCGUAUGUUAGUCUCACAUGUUCCUUAUGCAGAUAUAAGUACACAAGCUAGAGAAGCUAUUUUUGACAUAACAAAUCCCAGUAAUGAGCUGUAUUUGGUAAUAAGAUUGGAGAAAGUGCUUCAAGGUGAUAUCAAAGAUUCCGUUGAACCUUAUCUGAAGGAAGAUAAAGACAAGUACAGAGAUAAGGCAAAAUCCAACGCCUCGGAUUUCUGCGAACGACUGGGAAAGUAUCGAAUGCCUUUUGCCUGGACAGGAAUUUAUCUCACAAACAUUUUCAAUGGGGAUAAUCUAGAAGGCGAUCGAGAUCGCGAAAGUAUGACGUCUGCUUCCAGUUCGAAUAGUCUGGAUAGAAAAUCAUCAUCAAGUAGUUUUGAUCAGUUCCGAAAGAGAGCAACGGACAUGGGUACACUUACUAGACGAGGAUCACUAGAGAGAAAGAUGGAAAAACGAAGGUCUUGGUCACCCGAUGAUUUCGCCAACAGUAUCGAAACAUUUCGACCGAUUUCGAUUACGGUUUCAAGCUUCUUUAAACAAGAGUCCGAUAAAAUGAAAGACGAAGAAUUAUUCAAAUUUCUACCAGAACUGAAGCGUCCAGGUGCACUAAUGAAAAAGCACAAAUGCAUCCCUGGAUCAAUCAACAUUGAAAUCUCUCCGAUUCCAAGUGAUUUGAAAUGUGCGCUUACACCCGAGCUAGCGAAGAUAGACCCGUAUCCAAACGACCACACAAGACCUACAAAGGAAAUCUUAGAAUUUCCUUCCACGCCUAUUCUAAACCCUCACUACGGAUAUCGGAAUCUACUCUUCGUGUCCCCAAAGGAGUUGAAUUUUUCGACUCGUGCUGGCUCAGCACGCAACAUCGCCGUUCGUGUUCAGCUAAUGUCAGGAGAGCGACAAUCGGAUGCCUUAACGGCAAUUUUUGGCAGAAGCUCAUGUCCGGAAUACAUGGCUGAAGCAUUCACGUCGGUCAACUAUCAUAACAAGCAACCCACAUUUUAUGACGAAAUUAAGCUUGCUCUUCCAGCAAACCUGAAGCAAAAUCAUCACAUCCUGUUUACCCUUUUCCACGUAUCAUGCCAAAAGAAGCCACAAGAAGUUCAAUCAACGAUCGAGACUCCGGUCGGUUAUACCUGGCUUCCAAUACUGAAGGAUGGUCACCUCAACGUAGGUGAAUUCAAUCUUCCGGUUAUGGUUGAGGAACCACCGGACAACUAUUCGUUCAUUCCACCCGAUGUUCAGCUACCGGGAACCAAAUGGCUCGACAAUCAUCGGCCGGUAUUUUCGGUGACAAUCGAUGCGGUCACAUCAGUCCAUGCCCUGGAUGAUUAUUUGGAUAAAUUUAUCUACUUGUGUGAGUGUCUCGAUCUGAGAAAGGUUCCUCCUCGCAUCGGCGAAGGAAACAUGGAACGGGAGUUCAAAAAGACGCUACAGGAACUACAGAGUGCUGACCAGGAAAAAUUGGUGAAAAAUCUACAGGUGAUUCUGGACAAACUGGUUGAAUUGUUGGUGACAACUUAUCGGAUCGGUGGUGAAGCGCUCUCGCUGGGACAGACGGUUUUCGAAACGAUCUGUCAGAUAUCCGACAAAAUAUUCUUUCUGCAACCGGAGGAUCGAUACGGUCGACAGAAUAUUUUGAGCACCUACAUCCAAUUCCAGUGUAAGAUUCCUCACCCGUUGGAUCCUAAAUGCCGGCUGUCGGCCUACAUUCGCCAAACUGGAACGUCAGAGGAAAUGACUCGGUCUACCAGCAACCCAGACCUACACCAAAACUGUCCCGUCCGGUCAGAGAUGACCAGUUCGAUGAGCGGAAAGCUGGUGGAUCGAGCAUCCAGCAUGCGAACGGAGAUGUCUCCGAGUGCCAGCGGUCCAAAAGACGGAUUGGUUCGUCUGUUACAUGAAGAAAUUGCACUCAACUGGGUAGUUGCGAGUGGAUCUGCUGCAGAGCUCUCGAUGACAAAUUCAUGGAUGCUGUUUGAACUGAUCAUCAAGAGUAUGGUAGAGCAUUUGGAGUUGACUAAUUCACUGAACUCGCUAAGAAAGAAUCGGUUUCCUCAUCAGUACACGGACGACAUUUCUACACUGGUGCACUUGGUAACGACGAAAGUUGUAGGCUACAAUAGUAGCGAUCCCAAGCUAGCUCAAUCGAUCAACUCAAGUUUGGCAUUCUUUGUAUUCGAUCUACUCAGUAUCAUGGAUCGGGGCUUCGUUUACGGUUUAAUUAAAACAUACUAUAAAGUUAUAAUGACGAAAAGUUCUUCGACGCCAGAUAUGAUGCAUUAUAAGUUGGACUUCUUGCGAAUCGUAUGCAGCCAUGAACACUUUGUGGCUUUGAAUUUACCCUUUGGAACCCCGUACACCGCACUUUCCGCUCCAUGCAGUCCAACACCCAGUGUAACAUCAAACAACAGUCAAAACUCUUACGUUAGUGCUAUGGCUGGAAUCGACAAAGCAUUGUAUGCCGAGCUCAGUGCUGAAUUCCGCCAGCAGCACUUCCUCGUUGGAUUAGUUCUUCAAGAAUUAGCAUCCGUGUUGGAUAUUUCUAAUCCUCCAUUGCAUGGUAAAGCUAUCCGAUGUUUACGAAAUCUACUAACAUCACAUGAUCUAGAUUCUCGCUACAAUGAAGUAGAAGCCCGUGCUCGUGUUGCCGCACUCUAUAUUCCUCUUUUGGGAAUAGUUAUGGAUGCUAUUCCGCAGUUGCAUACUCCAGUGGCAGAAUCUCAUGACCGUUUGAAUACCAUUGGGUUACUCGAAGACUAUCAGGGCCCCUCGACGGCUAUCGCAACUACUACCAUUAACCCUGAGGUCGCGUACGCAAUAUCCGGUAUUCGAAACUAUUGCUAUGUGCAGGAAGCGCCGAAAAACAAGACUCCUUUGAGUAGCGAAAACACUCGCCAUUUGCUGUCCUGCUUCCUUUGGGUCGUGAAAAAUCUUGAGCAAAGCACCCUAUUUAAAUAUACACUCGGUUUGAGUCCGCACCGUGUUCACCAAAUGUUGCAAGUUCUGAACAUUAGUAUUCCCAAUUUCGAAUAUCGUGGUCGUAAGAAACCAACAUCGAAGCGAAACACGUCAAGCUUCCGUAAAACACCGGACAUGAAGGAGAAACUGGAGGAAUGUAUUCGUGGAACCGGUUCCGCUCGGAAUGAUCUUAUCAAUCGUCGGAAGGAUCGCUACUCGACAGAGAAAUUCCGUUGGAAGAAGGAUCAGAUUCGAACUCAGUUCUACGACAGUAACAUAAAAAAUGAAGCCGAUCUGGAAAUAAACUACUACAUUGAGGGUUCACUGGCAACCGAAAUUUGCCUUACGAUACUGGAUACGCUGGAAAUGAUCGUACAGGUUGCUUCCACGUCCGAAUUGCAUCACAAUUUGUUGGGUACGGUACUGAAGGUGCUACUGCAUGCUCUCUCGCGGAAUCAGAGCACUCUGGCUCUGCAGAAUCUGUUUGCAUCACAACGUUCACUUAUAUUCAAAUAUCACAAUCUACUGUUCGACGAGGAAACUGACAGCUGUGCGGAUUUGUGUUUGUUGCUACUGAAGCAUUGUGGAUCGCAACUGCCCACGGUGCGAUCGCAGGCUGCCGCAUCGUUGUACUUGCUGAUGCGACAGAACUUUGAGAUUGGAAACAACUUUGCCCGCGUGAAAAUGCAGGUCACAAUGUCACUCAGCUCUCUGGUGGGAACCAGUUCGUCAUUUAGUGAACAAUCACUGCGUCGGGCAUUGAAAACGAUUCUGGUUUACGCCGAAUCCGACACUGACCUGCAAGAAACCUCCUUUCCAGAGCAGGUGCAAGAUUUGCUGUUCAAUCUGCACAUGAUUCUUUCCGACACGGUAAAAAUGAAAGAAUAUCAAGAGGAUCCGGAAAUGCUGCUGGAUCUGAUGAAUCGCAUCGCCAAAGGGUACCAGAAUUCACCCGAUCUAAGGUUGACUUGGCUGGAGAACAUGGCCAAGAAGCACAUGGAGCGAGCAAACCACACCGAGGCGGCCAUGUGCUACGUACACAGUGCAGCGUUGGUGGCAGAAUAUCUGAGUAUGCUAGAAUCGCAAACGCAUCUUCCCGUGGGUGCCGUUUCAUUCAAACACAUUUCUCCAAAUGCACUAAUGGAAUCUGCCGUGUCGGAUGACGUGCUUAGUCCCGGCGAAGAUGGCAUUUGUUUAGGGAAUCGAUUCACAGAAGGUGGCCUAAAAGCUUUGCUUGAAGAAGCAUCCAAUUCGUUCCAGAUAGCCGGUAUGUAUGAAGCAAUGAACGAUGUUUACAAGGUGUUGAUUCCGAUAUGUGAGGCGAACCGGGAUUUCCGUAAACUAGCCCAAGUGCAUGGGAAACUUCAAGAAGCAUUCAACCGCAUUGCACAACUACACGGGAAGCGUGUGUUUGGCACGUAUUUUCGGGUUGGUUUUUAUGGGGCAAAGUUUGGUGAUUUAGAUCAGCAAGAGUUCAUCUAUAAAGAGCCGACCCUCACAAAAUUACCGGAAAUCUUCAGUCGACUGCAGAAUUUUUAUGCCGAUCGAUUCGGUCCGGAUGUGGUUCAAAUUAUUAAGGAUUCAAACGCCGUUGAUGUGAAAACACUAGAUCCUGAGAAGGCUUACAUUCAGAUUACAUACGUGGAACCUUAUUUUGAAACGUACGAGUUGCGAUAUCGGGAGACGUAUUUUGAAAGAAACUUCAACAUAAAACGAUUUAUUUUUGCGACACCGUUCACAAAGUCCGGAAAGGCACACGGGGAACUACAUGAACAGUGCAAACGAAAAACAAUACUUACAACGGCAAAUCAUUUCCCAUAUGUGAAAACUCGCAUCCAGGUCGUCAGUCGUGAGCAAAUUGUUCUCGAACCCAUAGAAGUUGCCAUUGAGGACAUCCAAAAGAAAACGGCAGAACUGGCUGCGGCCACAAAUCAAGAGCCAGCAGAUCCCAAGAUUCUCCAAAUGGUUUUGCAAGGUUGCAUUGGAACCACGGUAAACCAGGGUCCAAUGGAAAUGGCUUUGGUGUUUCUUUCGGGAAUUGCUGACAGUGCAACUAUUCCUACAAAGCAUCAAAACAAACUGAGACUUUGUUUCAAGGAUUUCUCGAAAAAAUGCUCUGAUGCCUUGAAGAAGAACCGAAAUCUUAUCCUGUCAGAUCAAAAAGAUUAUCAGAAGGAGCUAGAACGAAAUUACGCCCGUUUCACCGAGCGUUUGGCUCCGCUGAUUACCAUCACUCCGACGCAGGCACAGGGAGUUGUUUCCGCCAAUAAUGGAUUGCAUAACAGUAAACUAACGCCUUUGCGGUGGUAAUACAAAACCUGUUGAGUUCGAUAACAAUAUUUCUCUCUUACCAAAAGCUCUGCUAUUGCGAUUUACUAUACUGAGAUAGCUUAGAUUUGGUAAAUACUACACGGAUAAAAGUUUAGCGUAUUAUUUCGAUGUUACGCACCUCUUAUUUUAAUGCAAUACCUCAAACCAAAAAUGACGUUUUAUUUUUUUCUAAAUUAUAUUUAGUUUGUUAAGUUGUUUUAAAAUCCUUUUUAUAACCAUUACACUUUGAAAUAGCCUUCAUAAUCUUAUGCAAUUGUGAAAUUCAUACUACA